UGUGGCUCUUUUCGACUUUUCUUAUCGCGAUGAUGAUGAUGAUGAUCGGGAGUAGUAAUAGAGCAUUUCUGAUGUCUUCCACGGCGGCGGCGGCGGCGGCGGCGAUGAAUACACGGAAAGGAGACUUGUUCAAUCUGAAUCCGAACAGCAGCAUCGGGAAUAAGAAGCAUGAUCGGGCUUCGGUUUCUUACGCUCCGAAAAGGAAGCUCCCGGUUCUCCUCUUCGACGUGAUGGACACCAUCGUCCGUGAUCCAUUCUACCAAGAUAUUCCAGCCUUCUUCGGAAUGCCGAUGAGGGAGCUACUCGAGUGCAAGCAUCCCACCGCCUGGAUCGAAUUCGAAAAGGGAUUGAUCGAUGAGGAGGAGCUAUCAAGAAAGUUCUUCAUUGAUAAGAGGGACUUUGAUUUCGAAGGGCUGAAGGAUUGCAUUAGAUCAGGAUACUCUUACUUAGAUGGAAUGCAAGAGCUUCUCCAAACUUUGAGUGCUGACAACUUCGAAAUUCAUGCUUUCACCAACUACCCCAUCUGGUAUAAAAUGAUCGAAGACAAGUUGAAGCUUUCAGCCUACUUGUCAUGGACUUUUUGUUCCUGUUAUACAGGAAAGAGAAAGCCUGAUCCUGAGUUCUAUCUCGAGGUUGUGCAACAUCUCGGUGUUGAACCUUGCGACUGUGUAUUUAUUGAUGACAGGCCAAGCAACGUCAAGUGUGCAGUAGAGAUUGGGAUGCGUGGGUUAGUUUUUGAGAAUGCAGAUUCCCUCCUCAAGGAUCUCUCACAUCUAGGGAUCAACGUCUCUCUACCCAAUAUUUGAUUACGUGUGUCUUGGAUGUAAUUUGUAAAAAUACACUCGGAAAGAACAAUACAUUGGUUUCGGGAAUGCAAGUGAUCAUAAUAAUAAGUAUC